UGCCUGGAUGGGGUGCGGUUGGCGCUGAGGUUGCGGGAGGUGCCGUUGCAAAGCCCGGGAUGGAUGGAUGGGAUGUGUGACCGCAACGGUGGGCGGCGGCUGCGGCAGUGGCUGAUCGAGCAGAUCGACAGCGAGUUGUACCCCGGCCUCAUCUGGGAGAACGAGGAGAAAACCAUGUUCCGCAUCCCCUGGAAGCACGCUGGCAAGCAGGACUACAACCAGGAGGUGGAUGCCUCUAUUUUCAAGGCCUGGGCUGUGUUCAAAGGGAAAUUCAAAGAAGGGGACAAAGCGGAGCCGGCUACGUGGAAGACGCGGCUGCGCUGCGCUUUGAACAAGAGCCCUGACUUUGAGGAGGUGACAGACAGAUCCCAGCUGGACAUCUCUGAGCCCUACAAGGUCUACAGGAUUGUGCCAGAGGAGGAACAGAAAUGCAAAGCAGGCAUGGCCAACGGGAGCAGCCUGAAUGAUGUCACGGAGAUGGACUGCAGCUCCUCUGCCAUUGAUGACCUCAUUAAAGAGCCUCCCUGUGUAGAUGAGUACCUGGGGAUCAUCAAGAGAAGCCCCUCACCCCCACAGGAGACCUGCAGAAACCCCCCAAUACCUGACUGGUGGGUGCAGCAGCCCAGCCCUGCCUUGCCCCUGAUGAAUGGAUACUCAGGCUACGAGCAGCAUCAUUCAGGUUACUCCCAGAUGGUGAUCAGCUUCUACUAUGGUGGGAGGCUGGUGGGCCACAUCACCACCUCGUGCACAGAGGGCUGCAGGAUCUCCCUCAGCCACCCCUCCAGCCACGGUGAGAAGCUCUAUGCCCCCGACGCCCUCGAGCACGUGCGGUUCCCCUCGGCUGAUGCCAUCCAGAACGACCGCCAGAAGCAGAUCACCAAGAAGCUCUUUGGGCACCUGGAGAAGGGUGUCCUGCUGCACAGCAACAAACAGGGCAUCUUCAUCAAGAGGCUGUGCCAGGGCAGGGUCUUCUGGAGUGGGAACACCAUGGUCUACAAGGACAGGCCCAACAAACUGGACCGGGAUGAGGUGGUGAAGAUAUUUGACACCAACUUGUUCUCCAGAGAGCUGCAGCAGUAUUACAGCAGCCAGGGCCGCUUCCCAGACAGCAGGGUCAUGCUGUGCUUCGGGGAGGAGUUCCCGGACGCGAUGCCGCUGCGCUGUAAGCUCAUCCUUGUCCAGGUGGAGCAGCUGUGUGUCAGGCAGCUGGUGGAGGAGGCUGGGAAGACCUGCAGCACCAGCCCCAUGCUCCCCAUGGCUGAUGAGACACAGCAUGACCAGGUGUACAGGAUCUUCCAGGACAUCUGUGCAUCGCACCAGCGGCCCAUCUUCAGAGAGAACCAACAGAUUGCUGUCUGAGCCUCCUGAGCACACCUAGCCUGGUGGUUUGGGUUGCUCUGGACCCAAUUUGGUCUCAUUAGUGCCUAAAUUCACCUGUUGGAAAGUUGAUUUCUUGUUCUUUUGCUGUUCUCAGUCCAGAAUCUGUAUAAAUACAGCAGCAAAGUGGCAUAAGGAGGUGGGCUGGGUGCUCAGCAUCCAUCCUGCAUGCACUUGACUGAUAAAAAAGGACUUUUGUAGGGAGCAGGGUAGUCCCAGUGCUGUUCAUAACUGAUGGCAAGGGGAGGAGGGAGUGUCUGAGCUGUGCAGGAAGGUUAGGGCUGGCUUUGCCUUUGUUAAUGGCCAGUCAAGCAGAACCAAAAAUCAUCAGCUGUAACGACCCAUCUCAGUGAUCUGCAACUUGACCUUGCUGAGAACAGUGAUUUGGUAGGAGGUGACUCUUGACUAAAGCCUUAAAAUGCUUAAAUGUAGGAAAUUCUUUCCAGAAAUCAUAUCUUUUCCCCUCACCCCCCAAAGAGUCCUGCUGAUGGAAGACAGCCUGUGCCUUCCAAGGAGAACCUUCUCAAAUGCCUCUCUAUUUUUGCUACGAGGUUUCUAUGUUUAUCUGUAAUACCAAAGGAUUCUGCAACUUGGGAACCAACACAGACAAUUCUCUAUGUAAAUGUUGAAUAGAAGUACUUAGGAAUCUUACUUUUUUUUUUAUCCUAGCCAGAGUUUAUAUUCUAUAAAACACCUUUAACUGUAAAGAUUACAGCAUAGUGUGAGUAGCUUGGCUUUACCCUCCCACAAGCACAUGUUGGUGUCUCCCAGGCGUGACCAGGCAGCAGCAUCCAUGUGUAAAUCCUCAUUAACAUGCUUUGUGUGUGCCCCCAGCACCAGGGAGCUGCUGAUGCCUUGCAGCUGACAAACCAGGACUGCACAUGUGUGUGUGCAACUAAGUGGCCUAUUUAUUUAAUGCCUGAGGUUUAUUAAUGGGGUUUUUUUUGGUAAUUUUUUUAUCUUCCUGCAAUUAAAGUGCUAUGUUUUGUA